AUGUUCUAGGAUUUCUAGGAGAUAUAAAGCAUAUAAGAUAAAGCUUCUCAAGAUGAGCUAAAUAAACUUGUGUUGGAAAAUUAAGAGAAACUUGAAUAGCUUCGCAGAAUUUAGGUUGUAUAAAAUAUGUACUUUAAUAGUCUAUCUAUCCUUGAAACUCAGCCACAAUAGGAAAGAAGCAUUUAAACUUAAUAUUAAUUUGAAUAAGAUAUUAUGGUAGAAAGUACAGCUUCAACUGAGGACUUCCUAAACCCUCAAAGAUGGCCAACAGACGAAAUCCGUGCUCGUUAUAUUCCUCAAGAGGCUUAUGUUUUUGAGCCAGCCCCAGAAGAUGCUCUAAUUAGAAUAGAUAAGUGUCAGUAAAGAAUGAUCUUCCACAAGAGUAUGCAAUACUUGCCAGAAGAGCAGAAAUAUUAUGAUGAUUUUUAGAAGUAUCUCACGACCAAUAACCUAGUAUUACCAGAAGGUUAUGAUGAUGAUGAAAUGAUGGUACAAAGAUUUUUAGAGGGUAACUAGUGGAAGUUCAAGGAAUGCUAUGAAUCUAUUCUAGUUCAUCAAAGAUUCCUAAAUUCAUUCCCAACUGAGUUGAAUGCCUUCAAAUUAUAUGAAGAAGAGUUGAACAAGGGAUAUUGCUAUGUUUAUAAGAGAGAUAAAUCUUUCCGACCAAUUUUUGUACUCAAUGUCGCCAAGCUAAAGCAAUGCAAGAUCCCUCAUGAAUAGGUUCUUCAAAUGUCUACCUAUUUUGUUCAAUACUUGAUAACUAGAGCCCUGAUCCCAGGAAAAAUUGAGAACUGGCUAUCAAUUGUUGAUAUGAAAGGUGUCGGAAUUACUGAGAUCCCAAAAAAUCUGAUGAAAGCUAUCACUAAACCCCUACAAACACUCUUUAAAGGUAGACUCUAUAGACUCCAUGUCAUUAAUGCUUAAUGGACUAUUAAGAUUGUAUGGAAAGUAGUGAAGAAAGUAGUAGAUCCAUUUACAGUUAAAAAGUUCGUAAUUUGCGAUGAUUAGCCCAUAAAAGAACUCUCUAAACUUAUCGACUUGAAUAACCUAGAAAAAAGAUUCGGAGGAAAUCUAGAUGACAAGACAGAUAACUUCUUCCCACCUCAAUUGAUUUGA